CAGAACACACCAAUCAGUCUCGUCUUUAUAUAAACACCAAAAACAAAGCGAGUCACAUAGAGCAUAUGUUUUGUACUUAACAUAUGUUUCAGGAAAUGUUUCAAAAGUAGGACGCCUUUUAAAUCAAAUUGAAUAGACCAUAUACUGUGAUUCCUGAAUGUAUUAAAGACAUGUGUUAAAAAAAAUGCACCUUUUUGCCUGAAAGAAACCUGCACUUUAUAAAAGCCCACGUAUUAGCUCGUUUUCGGCACAGAACUUAAGCGAGUUUUUAGCUGCAAUAUCACCAUGUCGAAGAUCACACUGGUAAUUGCUUUCAUUUGCCUUUGCGUGGCCGUUCAGGCCCAAUCCGAUAGAGAGAUUUGCAGGCGAAUCAGGGAGCGAUGUGACUCUAGAGCUGAUCGAAAUGGAAGGACCAACGAUGUUUCAGACAUCUUUAACGAGAACUGUCGCCGUUUAGACAGGCGUUGGCGCAACAUCUCAAGAUGCGAACUCGCCUGGGCCACUUGCCAAUUGACCCUGGAACGUUGUGAGACUUUGUCCUGUGACAAUGUUAGGCGAGUGCUCGCCAGGCGACCCAACGAAUAAGGCCCCUCGAAUGAACUGAAAGACCAUUCAGAAAACCGAGUGAAACCUGCAU